AGAGAUUUUAUUCUGAAACAAGUCAUACAAUGUAUAACAAUUUAAAGCUGGUUGAAUAGAUUUUUACAAAAAAAGCAGAAUUAGAGUAUAUGCUAUGCAUAGUAAUAUCAGUUAUUGCUUAAAUAGAAACAACGAAAAGGAAGAUCCUAUAAACAUAAUCAAAAAUAGAUAAAACUAACUGGAGAUCAUAAAAGAACAUUGUCACGUGCAGUUGAAUAUCAAUUUUGAAACUGUUACAAUGCAUCAUUGAAUGUUCACCAAGUUACAAAACAUUCGGAUCGCCCGAUUGCGUUGCGAGUAUGGAUAUAUUCCACGAGGGUGUUCACGAGGGCUGUAACCCGAAAGAAGUAUGUUCAUUCACACAAUAAACGAGUGUCCUAUUAGACGUCAGACGAACAUAAAUGUAUUGCUUUUUUUCAUAACAUAUUUAGAAUUUUUUUCAUAUGAAUACAUUUCCUUCAAAUCAUCAAUCAUCACUUCAUUUUAAUGUUCAAUUUUCUGUCCGAAAAAAUUAAUAACCAAACAACAAUAGUGGUCAAAAUGACGUCGAGGACGAAAUAAUGACGUCACGUUGUACUUCCUUGGCCUGAAAUGGAGAUUCAUGUUUUUGAAUCUCGUUACUGUUUCGAUUUUGUUGAUUUAAUUAGUGGACAACAACCGACUAGUUCCAUCAUAAAAUGAAGUACGGUUACAGGGGUAAUCUAUUGUAUUUUUUAUCACAGCUUGAAAUGCAUAACCUUUUAAUGCAUGGCCUGGACUGUAUCAACAUAAUAAUGCUCUCCUCUCCAGGUAUGUAAUAAAAGGUAUUACAAAGAUUUAUUCUGAAACAGGUUGCAUUUGAAUUUAAACAACUCAAACAAAGCUUGUGGAACUAUUGCCGUCAUAAGAAACAAUAAAUUUAAGAUAUGUUUAUUGUUUCUACCUACCAAAUGUGUAACUUGUCCAAUAUACAAAUAAGACGGACUAAACCACAUCUGUAAACAGGCAGUUAAAUAUUGAUCCAAUUCAUUCAACCAUAGUUUAUUGACGCUGUGUAGUCAAAGGAAUUGGGCACAAGUUCUUACAACUUACUAGGCCCUUUCCCAAAAUAACAAUUAUACAAGUGUAACAGCGUUUUAAAAUAUUUACAAACCAGGGUUAAAUUAGAGCGGUCAUCGGUUUCUGAAUAUACUAAUAUAUUAUCCAUUUUAAAAGAGUUAUUAUAAAAUGAUUGUCUCUCUUGGAACAUUCAAUUUACAAAUGUCUGCAAAAAGAUAUCAUGUCAAAUUAUUCAGAUUCAAAAGUUGAGACCCUAUUUGAGCCAGUCAUCUUGUAUGACCUUUUUUAACUGCUUUGUUAACACACAUCUGGAUUAUUGCUCAACUGUUUGGUGUAACAGUUCAAAAAAUAAUAUUGUAAAAUUAGAACGCCUGCAAAAGAGAACAGCCAGAUUUAUUUUAAAAUGUGAUUUUUCCACACCUUCCUGUGAUAUGUUCAAAAAACUAAAUUGGUUACCUUUCAAAAAAGAAUUGUUAUACAAUCAAGUAGUUUUUUAUGUACAUGAUACUUAAUAAUUUAGCUCCACAAAAUUUGAAUGAUUUUUACGUAUAUGUCUGAUGUUCAGGGUAGAACUACAAGAUCAUCAUCUACCAAUGUGUUUUACUUGCCAUGUCAUAAGACAAACAUUUUUAGAAAAUCUUUUAAGGGGAAGCAGGGUAGUGGUCACGUGAUUUUGAAAAAUCACGUGACCGCAAUCAUAAAAAUAGAACCGGAAGUACAAAUGUCAGGAAGCCGAGGUAAACAAAUAUGGCAGACGACAGAUGCGGUAGUCGCCGUUAUAUCAGGGUAAAGGGAAGACUGGCAAAGAAAGGGACUGUGAAUAGGUCAGAAAAUAUGCGUUUUUUGAACGAGAAGAGUUACAGUACCAGCAACCAAGACCACGAUUAUGUGGCGAUUCCACAACACAGACUUGACAGUACUAUUUCAUCACACACCGUUCAAGAUCGAGAUAUUCAUGUCAGCGAGAACGUGGAAAUCGGACCAACGAAACCAUGGUUUCAGGGACGAAGGGUGGUUGAGCUAGCAGUGCUGUCCGAAAAUAUGAAUUGUGCCAAAUGCAAUUCGUGGCUUAGGUUUGUUGACAUUGUUGACGAGGUAAUUUACGGUAUGGCAAGUUACCUUUACAUAUCAUGUCCGAACAGUGCAUGCCAGCAUGUCAACUUGGUACCCACAGGAAAACGAAAUUCAAACAAAGGCUUUGACGUCAACUCCAAAGUGUAUCUAGCUAUGUUAAAUGCAGGAAUGGGACCCAAUCAAGUGGUUAAGUUUCUUUCUGGUUGUAACAUACCUCCUGUAGAUGCCUCUACACUACGCAAAAUACAGAAGAAACUUGCCCCAGUAGUCAUAAGUGCUGCAGAAACAUCUUGUAAUGAUGCACAGAAGGAGGAACUUGACUGUUCAGUCUCUGAUGGAUUGGAAGUCAGCUUUGUGUUCUCUGUGCUCACCAUCCUGGUGCACAUAUAAUAAGGAUCCAGCAAAGUUCAGAUACAAACAUUUACCAAAUGGAAAGGCACUAUCUGGAGACAUGUUGAAAGAGGAAUUACAAAAGCUGACACAGAUAUACAAAGAUAGAACAG